UCCUAAAUUUCCUCAGAUUGAACAAGCCCUUGGAAUGUGGAUUAGUACUGCUGAGCAAAGGCAACUUAUUCUUACAGGAGAAGUAAUUCGCCAGAAGGCUCUUGAGUUUGUAGCAUUGUUAGGAGUUCCAGAAAGUGAUUUUAAAGCAUCUGAUAGAACCAAGCAAAAUAGAUAUACUUCAGGUGGAGCAAUACAGUUAGUGAAAGCUGCAUGGGAUGCUAUAAGUACAGAAACUUUAAAAAAUUGUUGGCAUCACACUGGAAUCAUACCUAGCCAACAUUUUGCCCAAGAAGUUAUUGACCUAACUGAAGACCCCCACCUUCGACAACUCACCCAAGACUAUCUUGAUAAUGAUGAGCCUAUUGAGACUGAAGAAGCUUUGGAUGAUGAACGAAUCAUAGAAUUGGUUAAAAACCCAAUUGUUAAUGAUAAUAGGUCUGAUGACCAAGUAGAUGAAGAACCCAAAAUUACCUUUGCAGAAGCCAAAAGCAGCCUCAACCAACUUCUUACCUUUAUCUGCUAG